AAGUGGGUUGAGACCCAUGGACUCUGAGCAACUGAGAGAGCAUGCUCAUAAGAUGGUUGACUUCAUUGCUGAUUACUACAAAACCAUCGAAGAUUUCCCAGUUCUCAGCCAAGUUCAGCCAGGUUAUCUUGGGAAGCUUUUACCAGAUUCUGCUCCUAAUUAUCCUGAUUCAUUGCAACAUGUUUUGAAUGAUAUACAGGAAAAGAUACUACCAGGGGUGACACAUUGGCAAAGUCCAAAUUAUUUUGCAUAUUUUCCUUCCAACAGUAGCAUUGCUGGAUUUUUAGGAGAGAUGCUUAGUGCUGGUCUUAAUAUUGUGGGUUUCAGCUGGAUAACUUCUCCUGCUGCAACUGAGCUUGAAACGAUUGUUCUGGACUGGCUCGCAAAGGCGCUUGACCUGCCUGGUGAUUUCUAUUCUACUGGUAAGGUCUUUGGGCAAGGUGGUGGAGUUAUACAGGGAACAGCAAGUGAAGCUGUACUGGUUGUCUUGUUGGCUGCCCGUGACAAGAUCUUAAGGAGGGUUGGAAGGAGUGCCCUUCCCAAGCUUGUGAUAUAUGCAUCUGAUCAAGCGCAUUCUGCUUUACAAAAAGCCUGCCAGAUAGGAGGAUUUGAUCCAGAGCUUUGCAGGUUGCUUAAAACUGAUUCUUCCACAAAUUAUGCGCUCUCUCCUGAUGUACUUUCUGAAGCAAUUUCAAGUGAUAUUGCCAGCGGUCUCAUACCCUUUUUCUUAUGUGCUACUGUUGGUACCACUUCAUCAACAGCUGUUGAUCCUCUGCCUGCACUGGCAAAAAUUGCUAAGACCAACAAAAUUUGGUUUCAUGUGGAUGCUGCUUAUGCUGGAAGUGCUUGUAUAUGUCCGGAGUACCGUCACCACAUUGAUGGUGUUGAAGAAGUGGACUCAUUUAACAUGAAUGCACAUAAAUGGUUCCUGACAAACUUUGACUGUUCACUACUUUGGGUUAAGGACAGGAGUGCUCUAAUUCAGUCACUGUCUACAAAUCCUGAAUAUCUGAAAAACAAGGCCUCUCAAGGAAACAUGGUCAUAGAUUACAAAGAUUGGCAAAUUCCUCUCGGACGUCGCUUUCGAUCAUUAAAACUGUGGAUGGUGUUGCGACUCUAUGGAUUGGAAGGUCUGCGAAGUCAUGUAAGAAACCAUAUUGAGAUGGCUGCUUAUUUUGAGGAGCUUGUUGGUCAAGACACAAGAUUCAAGGUCAGUGCACCUCGCACAUUCUCUUUAGUUUGUUUUCGGCUUUUGCCUCCUCCCAACUCCGAAGAUCAUGGCAAUAAGCUAAAUCAUGAUCUGCUUGCCUCAGUAAAUUCAACAGGAAGUGUUUUCAUAACACACACGGUUCUAUCAGGUGAGUAUAUUCUCCGUUUUGCAGUUGGAGCACCAUUGACAGAAAUGAGGCAUGUCAAUGUGGCGUGGCAGAUUUUGCAAGAUAAAGCUACUGCUCUACUUGAGAGUUCAUAGUGUGAAUAUGCUCUCAGCAUCAACCACUCUUUUUUGUGCUUUAUUUGGAUAUGCUAUGAUAGAUGGAGUGGAGUGGAGUAAAAUACAUCAAGUUUUCAUAUUAUUAUUUAGAUAUUUAAUAGUGGAAUAGAAAGAGAAAAAAAUCAUUCCAUUAUUUAAAAAAU